AUGGACAAGCUAGAAUCGAAGAGUGGGAGAAGAAGGAGUCGAACGACGAGAGAAAGAGAGGCGGAUGGCAAGCAGGUGAAGGUUAAACAACAGACCCUCUUGAUGACCGGCAGCCCUUUUCCCCAGCGAUCAGGGUACUCUGGGAUGUAUCUGCCCUUGUCGGCGGUUACAUGGACAUGCGUGCAUCUUGUUCCUCUUCUGCCCCUCAUUUCGCAGCGGGGAUUGGCCCGGUCUCAAGCCCUUUGCAUUCUUCUGCGCACCCUAGUCGAGAUGGCGGGCCAAUCUCAGCCCCGGACCAUAGCCUUGACAGGCUUUGAUGCGGCGGCAACGGAUGCACGGAUGCUUCAAUCACCCACAGAAAGGUGCCUCAAGACCCAAGGAUCGACCGAUGCAGAAUCACCAUCCCAUACCCCGUACUAG